AUGAAUCAUGCAUAUUAUGUACCUUCCCACCAAAUUAGUUACCACAUUCCAUAGUAAGCAUGUCUAAACAGAAAUCCUGACAAUAUUGCUGAUUAGUAUAAAUUUAUAAUAUCAUCAGAUUAAAAUUACUUAAAUCCAAAAAACAUGUAAAUCAAUCCUUACACAAUAAUAAAGAUUCCCAUAUUAACUAACAUAAAUUCAAAAGUUAAAAAAACAUUACUUCAACAAAAUUACACUCUUCUCGAAGAUAAAAAUCCUAAGAUGUUGAAACAAUCUAGUAAUCAAUCAAUUAAGCUAUUAAAUAACUACCCAAACAAUCUAAAAUUAUCAAUGGCUAUUUAGUUAAAUAAUAAUUAAAUUCUAAUUCAUAUCAAUCUCCUAAAUAAUAAUAAAUUACUGACUACCAAAGCUUUAAUAAAGAUAAAACUGUUAUCAAAACUGAACCUGACAUAUAAAUUUGUAGUGAAAGAAUCAUUUGUUAUAGAACUCCUAUACUGACAUCCAAAUAAAUACAAUCUAAGGAAUAGAUUAAAUCUAUUUGCAAACAAAUUUAUCCAUUAAAUAAAUAAACAGAUGAAACCACUAAUCUCAAAUUAGAUUUUAGAAAUGAAAAAUAAAAUAUCAAUUCUAAACUUAAAACUGAAGUUCCAGAUAAAAUACUUGAUUUACUCAUGCUAUCAACAAGAGAACUUAAAAUUAAAUUAUCAGAAAAAAGAACAAAAUAAACAUCAAUCCCUAAAACUGCGAAAGCUGGAUUGCCUUUAGACUUUUUUAAUUUUAAAAAAUGA